UGGUGUGCAGAGACCUGGGCUGUGGACAAGCAAUAGACUGGGAAAGAACUUCAGAUAGCAGCUCAAAUGCUGUUGGUACACCAAAUUGUACCGGGAAUGAGAAUAAGUUAGCAGAAUGUCCUAUGGUGAAUCAGGGGUCCUGUGCAAAAGAAACACUAUGUGUCACCUGCACAGCUGCCGUUUCUCCCCCAAAACUUUCUGUGUCAGAACGUGAUGUUGCCUCUUAUGCAUACGUCAGGACUGAAGAAUCUGUGACCAUAAUCUGCAGCUUUGAGUUCCCAUCAAUGACAACUAGUGACUGGAUGUAUGUCACAUUCACUCACAAUGGACAGGACAUAUAUAGCUCAUCUAUCAGAUCUGGUGAGAGUGUGACUAAUUACCUGAGUGCCCCAGUGCCUCAAGGAGAGUAUACUUGCUACAUCCGUCCAAGAACGGCCAGCAGAAGGAUGGAAAGCAACUCAUUAGGCAUCUACAUCUUUAAUCCACCACCAGCUGGACCAGUGAUUGCUGCUGUCAUCACCACAGUAGCAGGAGUAGCAAUCCUCAUAUUUGUUUGUGUGUGUCGCACUAGUGACAAAGAUUAGCCAGUAAUCACUGCAGUUUGUCCAAUAAAUACACAAGAUCCUGAAGCAGCACAAUAUAGCAAUACUACAAUGGGUGUGUUCGAAAACCUAGUGUGCUCUCUACAUAGACAGCAUUUUACGUCAUCCUACGUGUGCU